GCAGGUGUCUAAGGAAACACGUCCUAAUGUUUCCACCGGGGAUCGAACUCAGGACCUCAGUGUGUGAGAGCUGAGUGCGCUAGCAAUUCGUCAGGAAACUGGACAAAUGCCUCCUGACGCGGGUAGUCGAUAAGAUUUAAAUCUAAUACAUCAAGCAAUCCUCUUGACAGGAAAAAAGGAACUGGCUUCACAGGGCAAUUCGUCUAGGUUCGCUGCCUCAUGUCCAACAUAUAGCGGACUCUCUGGACAUUGUUCGGGCCAAGGAUGUCCACGGAAGGACGUCUCUCCACAUCGCUACCCUCUGCGAGGAGAAGGAAAUUAUGCAGUUCCUUGCUUCCCGCUACCCACAGUUGCUCAUGAUUGGUGAUAAUCUGGAACGAACACCGCUCCACUAUGCUAUGGCUGUGGAGGGCGUAGACCAGGUGGCUACCGUGUUGGUCCAGGCCGGGGCUAAACGUACCCUCAAGGACCUGAGGGACCACACUCCCUCAGCCAACUUCAUCCACCCUGAGGCGGUGAGGGCGCUGCAGAAGGAAGAACAAGCACUGAUGGACCUCAACCAGCAAGCACUCCCAGCCUCGAAGUCUGAGGUAGACAUUGCUACGACUGCUAAUUCUACGGGAUAUUUCGCUGGAUAUCUAUUUUAUGUUUGCGUUGCUCAUUGGAUUAUUUUAAGGAGCUAAUAUGUUUUUUCCUAAGCUACAUCAACUUCCUUUAUAUUUAUUAAAAAACGAUAAUAUAUGCAAUAAUUUUAUAUUUAGAUACGUUAUAAACAGAUUCGUCUUAUUUUAUUACAAACACUACGAGCUUUAGAUACUUAAAUUUAUUUUAGCAAUUUUGAGUAUUAUGACAAAGUAUUUUUCAUUCUGUACAGUAUUUUGAUGAGUAUAUUUCUCUUGUGUGUACGCUCCCAGAGUAACAGUACAUGUAUACACCAGAGGUGGUUCGGACAUGUAGAGAGAAUGGAGCGAAACAGAGUGACUUCAAGAGUGUAUCAGUCUGUAGUGGAAGGAAGGCGGGGUAGGGGUCGGCCUAGGAAGGGCUGGAGGGAGCGGGUAAAGGAGGUUUUGUGUGCGAGGGGCUUGGACUUCCAGCAGGCAUGCGUGAGCGUGUUUGAUAGGAGUGAAUGGAGACAAAUGGUUUUUAAUACUUGACGUGCUGUUGGAGUGUGAGCAAAGUAACAUUUAUGAAG